AUGGCAUUAAAACUCCGAAAAAUCUUCACAUGGUGGUUGUAUUUGCUAGUAAUUGGAAUUUUCAACAAAGUCGUCUUAGCCAAGACCAAUACCUUUGUAAAUAAUUUAAGUAAAAGCACAGCAAAUUCAUAUUACGGCGAAUUCCGGGAAUCGCCAAAAGACAGUGGCGUAACAUUUAAAAAUUUUACCCGAAGCGGAGAAAGAAGCUUGAAGUGUGUGCCCAUGUUAAAACAUUUUGAAGUAGAAUUAACUGAACCUUUAAGAUUAGGCGAAGGAGUGGGUUUAACGGGAGAUCAUGCCAAACUGGGAGAAUGGCAAAUUGAGAAGAGUUUAGAAAUGAGAAGAAGACGUAAUCCCCUAAAAUGGUAUCUGAAAAUACCCAUGUGCUCAGCCGUAAGAGUAUAUUACCGAUUUUUUAUUUACUAUAUAGACUCAAAGGGCUUUAAACACAUACGCUAUUGGGAAGCUCAGCAACAUGCUCGUGUUGUAGAGGCCUACGAAAUGUUUCGUCAUCAGGGCUCGAGAAAAUUUGGCCAUGCUCAUGCUUUGGCAGUAGGAGGAGGCAAACAAAAUGAACGGGCCUGGUUGAGAAAGGAGUAUAUCAUACAAUUUAAAUUUAUAUGGCCUCAGCAUAUACAGUUUACGGAGUUUACACAUUUUAUAAGGAAUCCAAAAUAUGUUUUGAAAUUAAAAGCCUUCGAAGAGGUUAAUGGGCAACCUGUUUAUGAGAAUUUGGAAGAAAAUGAAGAUACCGAAUUGCAGGUGGUGCGUUUUGUGAGCAAAAAAUCUAAUUUGAAAACUAUAAGAGAACAGGGUGUGAUUUAUAGACCCGGGGAUAUAGUGGUUUUUCACAUAACGGUGGCGGACUUUCUGGAAAAUAUGUAUGUUCUGGGUAUUUAUACCAGGCAGCUGGAACUUUUGGGUGAAGUGGUCAUACCCUCAAAAGUACUGAAACGCAGUGAGGGCAUUUUGGAGCUCCCGAUAUUGGACUCUAAGGAAAACCAAAGAGUUGGCUGGUUGACUUUACCUUUUUUGAGAAUAGAUGCUAUGCCGGAAGCUUUAAAGCUUAAUAUGCGUGCCGGAUUUCAGCAUUAUUGGCCAUAUAAUUGGCCAACUUUAGAUAUAGGCCAACGUGGAUUGGGUAAAAGUUUUUAUUAUCAUUCUGCUAAUGUUAUGGAAAAUACUAUUGAAAGUUUUUUGAAAGCUGAGGAAUAUAACAGUGAUAUGAUCCAGUUAAAUGUGCAAUUAACCAAGGAUUAUGUGCCAGUGGUGUGGCAUGAUUUUGGAUUCUUUACGGCCGCUCCAAGCAACAAUAAAAAACUUAAGGGUAAAGAUUUAAAGUUUGUUUAUAUACAUGACUUGACCUACCAGGAAUUGCUAAAGAAAAGAGUGUUUGUGUUUAUAAAGGGUCUAAUGGUGGAGGUGACCCAUUUGAAUACAGUUUUUGCUCCGGAUAAGGAGAGAAUAUUUCCUUUACUGAAGCAGGUUUAUCAACAAUUACCCAUAACUUUGGGUAUAAUGGUGGACAUUAAAUGGCCUCAGCUCAUGAGUAGUGGUAGCUUGGAAUCUUUACAGUCAUUGGAUAAAAAUCUUUAUGUUAAUGGAGUCUUGCAAACAACAAUGGAAUUUGGUUGUGGACGUCCUUUAAUCCUGACAAGUUUUGAUGCUGAUAUUUGCUCAAUGUUGCGAUAUAAACAACACAUAUUCCCGGUAGUUUUUCAUACUCUGGGACAAUUUAGUCCCUGGGAAACCUAUGCCGAUUUACGCACCCAUUCCCUAAACAAUGCCUUACAAUUUGUGCAAUCCAGUGAUAUUUUGGGCACAGCAGUAUAUGCGAAAGAGAUAUUUAUUGCCCAUGAUAAUAAAGAUUUAAAACAGGCUUUUGAAUUACAACAAUUAGUAUUUAUUUGGGGUGAUCUGCUGCAGGAUGAAACGAUUUUAGAACAUUUCAGAAAUGAGGAACUGGCCGGCUUAAUAUACGAUCAUAUAGAUGCCUUAAUGCUGCAACAGCCUAAAAGCAAAAGGAAACGUUUUGGUUUCUUUGAGGCCCCCGAAUUACAACGCAUAUUUCUACGCCAAUGUAUAGCCGCUGGUAACAUGACCAUGAGUGAGGGUUUACCCGAUACUCACUCACCAUUUUGGCCACGUGUACGCAGUUUAGAUGAACUUUAAAGCCGGCAAAUUUCAAUUAAA